AUGGUAGGGAUGCAGGGGAGGGUUUUAGGGGCGGAUGUCACAAUAAGGGAUGAUAGAUACAGGGUAAUUGUGGUGUACGAGCCACAGUUGGCGGCAGACAGGAGGGAGAUGGUGGACUGCCUGGAGCCGCUGUGUACCACGAAUAGACACUUGGUGAUAGGGGGGGAUUUUAAUAUAGAUAUAGGUAGGGGGAGGGACAGUAGUGCAGGUGCCAUCGCCGGGCUAAUGGCGUGCCAUGGUCUGGUAGAUGGGGGCCUGCACACUGCUCCGACGAUGGCAGGUCCAACAUGACGCAACUCCAGGUGGGUCGAGCGGAGGCUCUACUAUAUUUUUCUAUCCAACUGGGUCAGUUGUCUGGGCAUUUGUUGCCUGUGUUCUUUUCGGAUCACGACGGGGUGCUGCUGCAGGUGGGGGCACCGGUCUGCCUCUUCGGUAGGGGGGUACUGGAAGUUAGAACGGGAGGUACUGGAUGAGCAGGCUUUCGUUAACGGUUUUGUUGAUUUCUUUACGGGGCUUGAGGGCCUCCGGUCCAUGUGGGACGGGGUGUUAGAGUGGUGGGAAAUAGCAAAGGUGAGGAUUAGGGUUUUUAUAAUAGGAUAUUGUAAGAGGAAAAGGAGGGAGGAAAGGAGGGAGGAAAGGAGGGAGGGAGGGAGGGAGGGAGGGAGGGGAGGGAGGGAGGGAGGGAGGGAGGGAGGAAAGGAGGGAGGUGGAUCACAUCCAAAGGCUGCUCCAACUCGAGCUCGAGGCAGGCAACCUCGGCGGGUCGGUAGACUGGGAGAGAUCCUCUGCCCUAAAGGCGCAAUUUAGGGAGGUGCAUGAGCGGAAGGCUCGCGCUUUCCUGGAGCGUGAGCAUAGUGGGUUUUUAGAACACGACGAGACUUGUUCCGCCGUGUUCUUUAAAUCAGUUAGGGGAAAACAGAGUAGGAAGGUCAUGUACAGGGUUAGGGAAGAAAACGGUAGAGUAGUGAGAGAAACGAAGGAAAUGGUCAAGGUGACCACGGAACAUUUCCGAGGUUUUUUUCAAGAAAGGGCAGUAGAUGUAGAGCAGGGAAAUGUGUUUUUAGAACACCUGUCCCGGCGGGUGCCAGAGGACAUUAGAGAAGCGAUGGAGGAUCAGAUCUCCCUGGAAGAGGUUGAGAGCGCCCUCAGGAGGACGGGACAAGGGCAGGUGCCCGGGAUGGAUGGGCUGCCGGCAGAGUUUUGGGGGACACUUGGACCGGUAGUCCUUGAAGUCUUUAAGGCCAUCCUCGAGACGGGGGUCCCGGGGGGAUCGAUGGCCGUAGGUGUGCUGUCACUUCUGUACAAAAAGGGGGACGCAACAGACCUUGGCAACUGGCGGCCGUUGACCUGCUGUGCGUAGAUUAUAAGCUGCUUGCGAAGGUUCUAGCGGACCGGUUGCGCACUGCCCUUCCCUACGUUGUCCAUGAGGACCGCUCUAUUAGGUGGAACCUGAGUUAGAUUAGGGACUCCAUCGCAUGGGUAGAGGAUAGAGGGCUGCCGUUAAUGGUAGCUGCACUUGAUCAGGCUAAAGCCUUUGAUCGAGUGAAUAUAUAUUUUAUAUUCAGAGUGUUAGGUAGGUCAAGCUGGAUUCCAUUUUUGUUUCUUUUUUGUUAACAGAGCUGGCUCAUCCGGUGAUACACCCGCCUGGUUAUUUCCUGCGGGUGUUCUUCUCGUACCAGGCGAGAAGCGUGAUGGUGUGGGCUAACAUGGGUCCUCGGGCGGAACAGCUGCCGUGGCACUUUGGCUAUGCGGCCAAGUGGCUGCGCGCGCACCCCGAGGUUGAAAUUGCCCGAGUAGGUUUAGACCACAGGCACCUGUACGAGGAGGUGAGACAGGGAGGGUGUCCGGUGCCCGUAGUGGGUAUCCCGGCUGUGGUCUGGGAAGGAGUGCAGAUGCGUGGUCUGGACAACAGGCUCAAGGACCUGAAUUGGUUGAGCCUCCAUAAGUGCUUGCCCGUGCAUUCCAUCAUGUAAGGGCGUGGUAUGGCACGAUCCCCCACCUGCCCAAGACCAAUGUGUGGCGGGGAGGGAGACAGUGCACCAUGUUUUUGGGGCUGUGUUGCUAUUCGGGCCCA